UGUUAUUCUAUUUUUUUUUGCGGCAGAUAAAGGUCGACACGAAAAGGACAGUACAUAGAAAGAGAAAAAUAUGAUGGUAGCGUAGCGACUUGAUUUUUGCCUGUGGUUAACUACAUACCGUUUGACCUGCGAUUUUGAAGAAAAGUUUUAACCCUGCUGUCUCCAGGCUUUUACGCUGGCAAAACUUUUCAUUGCCAAACCAAGAAAGAAAAGAUGUCUUCAAAAAAGGAAAGUAAGUUAAAUGGCAAUUCUCUUAUUGAUGAUUCGCCAGAUAGCGAAAAAACUGAUUGGCAAAGUAAGAUGUUAAAAAGAUUGAUAGAGAGUGCCAUCCCGGAACCAAUAAAAGUUGCUUGUACUAUCUCUCCACCUGGUAAACCAGAAUAUCUUGGAGAGGAAUAUCAUGGUCGUAUAUCCAAGGAAGAAGAAAAGAGACUUUUAGAAGGUAAAUCUGGCAGAUACAUUGUAAGAGAGAGUUUUUCUACUACUGGUUUACAUGAGUAUACAUUGGCGUUUAACCAUGAUGGAGAAAUUCGACAUGUUAAACUUAUAUACAAUCCAAUAAGUAAUACUUUUAAAACAGAUUCCAGUGAAAAAGACUUCAAAUCAGUAUUAGAACUAAUGACGGAUGUGUUAGGUCUUUUUCAAGAUAUUAAGCGUAGUCAAUCAAAUGGAAAUUUUAGUAAGAAAGAAAAAUAUAGCAAGCCACAUUUGUUUAAAAGUCAUAAUUACAAACAUCCAAAAUGGUGUGAUGAAUGUGGACAAUUUUUAUGGGGUUUAUUUAAUCAAGGAUACAAAUGUGAAGAUUGUGGAAUAAAUGUUCACAAGAACUGCAAAGAUCUAGCCCCAUUACCUUGCUCAAAAGUAAUAAUGGGUCCUAAGAUCUCUUUUUCUAAAGAGGGUACAAGAUUUUCAAAAAAGCGUAGUUUAAAGUCUGAUCAAGGAAAUACUGGUAGUGAAAGCCCUAGCUCCUCUUACGCAAUCAUAAAGCAAGUUAGUCAAUUUGAAGCACAAUGUGCGUAUUUUAGGCAAUGUUCCAAAUUUUUGUCAGCUUUUAACAUAAGAGAUACAUAUGUUGAUAUGAAAAAUACGUUAACAAGAUGUUUUUGUGACCAAUGCAUUAAUAUGAACGAACAAGGUGCAAUGGUUACAUGUAACAGUUUAAAACAAUGGACAAGGUUUCAAUUUUCUCAGCAGCAAGACACACUAAAACGGAAGAUUAAGGAUUGGGACGUGGUGUAUUUUGCAAUUAAACCUCACAUUAUAAUAGACAUGUUAAAGAAAUGCUUUGUGCCUCUUGAAAGUGAGCAAGAUUUUGAUUUAGUUGUGGCACCAUCACUUGCAUACACCGUGCAAGAUAUGAAAAAUGAAAACUGGUCUUACAAAUUUACAGACCCUAGCACUGCUACAGAACUUUUUGCACAAACAGUUUUAGAAUGUUACGUUAGACCAGGAAGUUAUAAAAUUAUUGUACUUCCAAAUACUGACAAUGUUCAUGAAUGUGGCGCACCACUUGUUCCAGAGAAUUGGAAAAUAAAAGAUAAAAAAGAUAUUUAUCCGAAAUCAAUUCUUGUAAAAAUAUUUGAUAAAUAAAUUUGUAUCUUUAUGUGUUCAGAGUUUCAACAAGACAGGUGAAUAAACAAAUAAAUUGUAAUAAUAUUUGAAUUGUAUAUCAUCAUAUAUACUUUUACUUCUAAAGGGAUGGCUAAAUAAGAAAGGUGGUACCAGCUGUCAUGAAGAACCUUGUUUUCAUCUGCUAAUAGCACACAUAGAGCUUUGGAGAUUUUUCAAUAAAAUGUGUUGUGUCAUGAAGUUUUUAAUAAAAACCGGGCUGUCUAAGUCACACUUUGGUACAAUUAGCAUGGUAAAUUGAAAGGAAAUGGUACAUUGACCAUAACAGAUCAUUUAUGUAUAUAGGCUCUUCUAAAGUGAUAAAAUUGAUGCUUCAACAUCUUUUUUUUCUUAUUUAAAACAAUAUAAUAUAUCUAUAACCAAACUGAGGACAAAAAAGUGUUUGUGUAUACAUAUAUAAAUUUUUGGAAAAAAACAUGUGCUAUUUGUUAACACUGGUUGGCUUUAUUAAGUUUUUGUUUUAUAUAUAUUUACUUGUGUCAUAGACCUUAUAAUUUGUAAGAUAUAAUAAUUUAUAUAAUGUUAUUUUUUGGUACAAAGGUCGAAAUUUUACAUGCAUUAUUUUUUUUCAAGUUUAAUUCUGAUAAAUAACAACCCAGAGCUUGUGUAUAACGAAAUUUAAUAAUUAAAUUUUAUACAACGUAGGCUUACAUUAUGGAAACUAUUUAGAGAGAAGCUGUUUCGAGGCAUCUGAAAAAGUCAACAUUAUCAUCAUCAAUUGCAAGACCUUAUCAAGAUGGCCACACCUCAAGGUGGUCACAAGGGACAUUUAUUUUUUUUUCUAAGUAACUUUUUGUUAUUCCAUUUUAUGUGGCAAAAAAAAUGAGCAUGUUUAUUUCGCAACAGGACUGAUAAAUUAUAUUUACAUAGUUACUGCAAUUUGAAAUUAACAGCAUUUAAACUCAACAGGCAUUCAAAAAUAUAAAAAACUUGAUUAUUAGUAUAUACUUUAAUUUGGUCCUUACAUUUUGGCAAAUUCUCCUAAAAUAUCAAAUAGUUUUUAGUCUUAGAGUUUUCUCCUAAAAUCUUCUAAAAUUAUAAAUUUUAAAUAUGUGGUGACCUUUCUCAUGGUCCUUUUUUGAAUUGUUGGUUUACACUCAUUUUUCAUGUCCUUACAAGCAUGUUUUUGCUAUUAACUAGUGAUCUUUGUGUUUAUCUUUAUGUCAAUAUAGCAUACUAUAUUUUCUUUAAUGUUUUAAGUAUUUUCUUGGGACCUGUAUUCUAUAUUUUUUUUAGAAUACGCAAAUAUAUGUAAAUAUUUUUGAAGUUAUUGUUUUUGUUUUCUUUUUACUUUUUGUGACACACAAUUUUUUUUGUACAUGGUUUUAAGGGCCAGGACAGAAAAUUUUUAGAAAGCUUUGAUGAUAUAGAAACAAUUUUUUUUUUAAUUUUGAUUGCUUUUUAUAUUUGAGGCUUCGCAGUGAAAUUCAUCUUCUCUAAUAACUGCUUCUAAUAUAAAGAAGGAGCUUUAAAGAAAAUGUUGUAGGAACUCUUACAAAGAACUUUGGGAUAGAGGCAUGACAUGAACAUUAUCUGCAUGUCAAAUCAUGCUCAUUUAUAUAUUUUUUUCAAAAUGUACAUUAUUAUGAAAUAAAAUAAUAUCUUCUAGUAUUAUUCACAUAAUAUAGAAUGUGGUUAUUUCUCA